CACCCCCUCCUGGUCGCCGCCGCCUCUUCCAUCAUGCCGUUGGCUUUCUGUGGCAACGAUCAAAACUCGACUCCCUACAAGGUGACCGACGGGGUGCUCAACAACGGUUGCUUCGUGGACGCCCUGAACGUGGUGCCCCACGUUUUCCUGCUUUUCAUCACCUUCCCCAUUCUCUUCAUAGCUGCUCUGUGGUGUAUUGGAGACUGGGAAGAAAUCUCAAGGAGUCCAUACAGGCACAAACCAGAUGCUGUGUCCUAUGCCAUUGUGACUCCAGCCAAGGGAACUAGAGCUGCAACUACUGACAGAACCCACUGGCGAUCCCUGUACUAUGAAGCCUCCACCAGUUUUGUAGACCAAUGCAACCAAAAAUCUGAUAACUGUUGGAAGACGCAUCUCAAUUACCUUUUUAUUUUAUUUUCAACAGCCUUGCUAUUUUAUUGGACUUUGGCUUUUAUAACCAAAACUAUCAAGUUUGUCAAGUUUUGUGAUAAUAAUAUUGGACCACGCCAGCUUCGAUUCUGCCUCACAGCACUCUUGGUUGUUCUUUAUGGAAUGCUGCUAAUUGUAGAAAUUAACGUAAUCCGAAUGAGGAGAUAUAUUUUCUUCAAAAAAACAAAAGAAAUAAAACCGCCUGAGGAUCUUCAGGAUCUUGGAGUCAGAUUCCUGCAACCAUUUGUGAACCUCCUGUCAAAAGGAACAUAUUGGUGGAUGAAUACCUUUAUUAAAACUGCCCAUAAGAAAUCCAUAGAUUUGAAAGCUAUAGGUAAACUGCCUAUUGCAAUGAGAGCUUUGACCAAUUACAUGCGCCUUAAUGAAGCUUUUCAAACACAUAAGACAAAAAUUUAUAAUAAGAUCAUGAGACUAUCAACCUCAAACAUGUCCAUGGGGGAAAUGACCUCAGGUCAGAUCUGUAACCUGGUUGCAAUAGACACAAACCAGCUAAUGUGGUUCUUCUUCCUUUGUCCUAAUCUCUGGGCUAUGCCUGUACAGAUUAUUGUUGGAAUUGUUCUGCUCUACUACCUGCUUGGAAUCAGUGCCUUAAUUGGAGCAGCUGUAAUCAUAGUGCUGGCCCCUGUCCAAUACUUUGUAGCCACAAAACUUUCACAAGCUCAAAGAAGCACAUUGGAAUAUUCCAAUGAGAGAUUGAAGAAAACAAAUGAAAUGCUUCGAGGCAUAAAACUACUUAAGCUCUAUGCCUGGGAACACAUUUUUCAUAGUAGUGUGGAAGAAACUCGGCAAAAGGAAAUGACAAGUCUUAAGUCUUUUGCUCUUUAUACUUCUAUAUCAAGUAAUAAUGUGUUUUGUUUUUGUUUUUCUAAUAAGACAUUUGUUGUCCAUACCCAUCUCUUUGUCAAUGCUGACUUUUCUCCUUCGGUGGCCUUUGCAUCGCUCUCCCUUUUCCACAUCCUUGUGACACCCCUGUUCCUACUCUCCAGUGUGGUUAGAUCCACUGUUAAAGCUCUUGUAAGUGUCCAAAAGUUAAAUGAAUUUCUCUCGAGUGAAGAAAUUGCAGAAGAGCAUGAUAGAUGUUCUGAGCCAAGAAGCCCAGACAACCACAGCAAAUAUCAAAGUCUUACCCUCAAAGUUGUUAAUCGUAAGAGACCUGCCAGAGAGGACUGGAACAAUUACAACUCUCCUGUAAGAAGAUCUGUUAGCAGCACAGAAGCAGAUGAUUUUUGUGUAAAGAAAAAGAGGGCCAGUGGCAUAUGCUUCUCAGAAACCAUGGUUGUUAAAUGCUACUGUGGAAGAAAAUAUCACUUUUGAAAGCCCCUUCAAUAAACAAAGGUAUAAAGCAGUAAUUGAUGCUUGCUGUCUUCAGCCUGAUAUUGACAUACUACCUCAUGGAGACCAAACACAGAUUGGAGAAAGGGGUAUUAAUUUAUCUGGAGGUCAGCGUCAAAGGAUCAGUGUAGCAAGAGCUCUUUACCAACAGACAAAUGUGGUAUUUCUGGAGACUCUGAUGGAAAGAAAAACUGUAUUAGAUAAGAAUAUUAAAAAUACAGUGCAUUCUCAAGAAGUCCUUCUCCAAGAUGAAGAAGAGGAGGAUGAAGAGAUGCCUGAAAGUGAUGAUGAUGACAACUUGUCUUCUAUCCUUCAUCGAAGAACAGAAAUGUCAUGGCAAGCAUGUGGAAAGUAUCUCAGCUCAGCAGGCCUUCUCUUCUUGCCUCUGUUGAUCUUUUCUCAACUGCUAAAACAUUCAGUCAUGGUGUCCAUUGACUAUUGGCUAGCCUUGUGGACAUCUGAUGCUAUUUCUUCUGAGACAGGGAAAAACUGCUCUUUUUGUCAGGAAUCCAAAUUUAGCCAUUCUUCCUAUUCAAAGAUCUUCAGCAUUCUUUGUUGUGUUGGGAUUAUAUUAUGCCUUGUAACAUCCAUAGCAGUAGAAUGGACUGGUUUAAAAGUUGCCAAGAAGCUUCACUGCAGUCUGCUGAAUAAAAUUAUUCUGGCCCCAAUGAGAUUUUUUGAAACAACACCGCUGGGAAGUAUUUUGAACAGAUUUUCAGCAGAUUGUAACACUAUUGAUCAGCAUAUUCCUGCCACCCUGGAGUGCCUGAGUCGUUCUACCUUGCUAUGUUUAUCAGCUCUUGCAGUGAUUUCAUAUGUAACACCUAUGUUUGUGAUAGCUCUCGUACCUCUUGCCAUCAUGUGUUAUUUCAUCCAGAAAUAUUUUAGAGUAGCAUCAAGGGAUCUGCAGCAGUUGGAUGACAGUACACAGCUUCCAUUACUUUCUCACUUUUCAGAGACAGUGGAAGGACUAACAACUAUACGAGCAUUCAGGUAUGAAUCCCGGUUUAAACAGAAGCUUCUUGAAUAUACGGAUUCUAACAACAUCGCUUCCCUUUUCCUUACAGCUGCCAAUCGUUGGCUGGAAGUUCGCAUGGAAUAUAUUGGAGCAUGUGUGGUGCUUAUUGCAGCUGUUACAUCCAUUACCAGUUUUGAAGAGAAUAAUCUCUCUUCAGGACUUGUAGGUUUAGGAUUAACCUAUGCUCUAAUGGUGUCUAAUUACCUAAAUUGGAUGGUUCGCAACCUGGCUGAUAUGGAGCUUCAACUGGGAGCUGUGAAAAGACUCAAUGGUCUUAUAAAAACGGAGGCUGAAAAUUAUGAAGGGCUGCUUUCUCCGGCGCAGAUUCCUCAGAACUGGCCUGAUCAGGGGGAGAUUCAAAUACAGAAUUUAAGUGUCCGCUAUGACAGUACUCUGAAGCCUGUGCUAAAACAUGUCAAUGCCCAUAUCUCUCCAGGACAAAAGGUAAUCUGGCUGCUCUUCGCUAUGAUUUGGUGGCUAAUCGCCUUCGCCCACGGGGACCUGGACCACAGCACCCGCCAGCUGCGCCGUCAAGACGGGCUCGGGGAUCGGGAGGCGGCGGCGACCCACUUUGUGCCCUGCGUAACCGACAUCAAUUCCUUCACCUCCGCUUUCCUCUUCUCCAUCGAGGUGCAGGUGACCAUCGGCUUCGGGGGCCGCAUGGUGACCGAAGAAUGCCCCCUCGCCAUCCUUAUCCUCAUCCUGCAGAACAUCGUGGGGCUGCUGAUCAACGCCAUCAUGCUGGGCUGCAUUUUCAUGAAGACCUCGCAGGCGCACCACCGCGCCGAGACGCUCAUCUUCAGCAAGCACGCCGUGAUCGCGCUCCGCGGGGGGAAGCUCUGCUUCAUGCUGCGCGUGGGCGACCUGCGCAAGAGCAUGAUCAUCUGCGCCAGCAUCCGCAUGCAGGUGGUGAAGAAGAGCACCAGCCAGGAGGGCGAGGUGAUGCCCCUCAACCAGAUCGAGAUCCAGAUGGAGAACCCGGUGGGGGGCAAUAGCAUCUUCCUGGUCUCCCCGCUCAUCAUUUACCACGUGAUAGACAAGAAUAGCCCCCUGUACGAGGUAGCCCCAGCCAGCCUCACUCACCACGAGGACCUGGAGGUGAUUGUCAUCCUUGAAGGGGUGGUAGAAACCACAGGCAUCACCACCCAAGCCAGGACCUCUUACCUAGCGGAUGAAAUACUUUGGGGCCAGAGGUUUGUGCCUAUAGUGUCAGAGGAGGAUGGACAAUACUCGGUAGACUAUUCAAAGUUUGGCAACACGGUGAAGGUGCCCACUCCAAACUGCACAGCCAAACAAUUGGAUGAAGACCUGAGUAUCAUGGACACUAUUUCUUUGUCACCCAAAGGCACCAUCAGAAAAAGUUUUAUAAACAACUUUCCAUUUGUUGUGGUUAAGGAAUUUGAGAAUUUUAAUCAAAAGAUGGGCGUCAGAAAUAAUACCCAAGGAAAAGAUUCAAAGACAAAAGUAACUUCAGGAUCUUCUUCAGAGAUUUCCUGCUUUAUGGCAGUUGUCCAAUUCCGAAAACUCAGGGAACCUUUAGAGCAGUCUCUGAUGAAGUGUGAAGAGCAGCAAUCCAGAAAUAAAACUGAACAGAACGAUUAUGCAAUAGUCACAGAAGGUGGAGAAAAUUUCAGCCAAGGGCAAAGACAGCUGUUCUGCUUAGCCAGAGCAUUUGUACGGAAAACAAGUAUCUUAAUCAUGGAUGAAGCUACAGCCUCUAUUGAUAUGGCAACUGAAAACAUUCUUCAGAAGGUUGCAAUGACUGCAUUUGCUGAUCGUACAGUAGUGACAAUUGCACACCGGGUGCACACUAUUCUAAAUGCUGAUAUGAUUAUUGUCAUGAAGAGAGGAGUUAUUUUGGAAUAUGACAAACCAGAAGUUCUGCUGGAAAAAGAAGGCAGUGUGUUUGCUUCUUUUGUUCAAGCGGACAAAUAG